AUGGAUCCGUUGGCGGGACUCACGACGGAGUCGCGAAGCGUGAUCGACAACUUCUUCCGCUGGUCGCGCCUCUCCCUCGACAAGUUCAAGCGCGACUUGACCGUCGAGGCAAGCGUGUUUCAAACUGGCAACUUGUGGCGGGAGCAGUAUACAAAGGCGGAGGUGGCGCAGAUGCUGAAUGGACAGCUGGCGUUGAUGCUCGGUGUCGUUGACACGCAGAUGGAGGGAACGACGGCGGCCUCGGCCGAGCUCAUGCGCGCGGUGCUGCGCGAGGCUGACCGGCAGCGGUUGACUCUGGACAUUGACGUGAAGUCGGUGCUGAACAACGCCGGCGGCGUGAACGCGAUGGGGGAGCACGGCCGUCAGUUGUUGAGCGGCCCGGCAGGGCGUUUGGCGCCCCUCACCGUGGAGGAGGCCUCUGGGGAGGCGGCACGGCAGCUGGCAGAGGCGAACGCAGAGGUGAGGCGGCUACAGGCGAAACUGCAGCAAGUGACAGACGCCUAUACACAGGUGAUGAAGGGCCGCUCGUCGGACACGGAGAGCUUGCUGUCGAUGCAGGAUGCAAUGAACGACAAGGAGCGCCUUGCCGCCGAGCUGGUGCGCCGGUGCCAGGGACAGGACCCAUCGCUCGCGGUGAUAGUGCAGGAGCUGCGCGCCGAGGUGGCUGAGGCGAAGCGAGAGCUCGCUGCGCGGCUGCACCAGUCGACGCAGUAUCAGCAAGUGAAGCAUCUCCUUGCACAGCGCAACGAGCAACUCAAGAUGAUGCGUGAGCGGCUGGCUGCUUACGACCCGUCGUUCGCCCGUUACGGCGACGAUAUCAAUGCCGAGGACGACUGA